UCGAUGUUCGCCGAUGAGGAUUUUGCUCGUCUUUUCCAUGCUGGCUUCGAAUCCGGCGCAUUGCGGUGACCUGUCUUUGUGUGCUGUCCCAUUCUAGAAGCCGGAGGAAAGCCCCAAACAAAGAAAGGCGGUUGCCGUUGAAAAUCGCAUCUUUGCACGACAGAUCCAUGGAUUAUUAUUGUCAAGAAGCGGAUACUUUGUUUGGGCCGAAUGCAAUUGUGUUAGUAUGCGCUCCUCGUUUACGGGCGCCAGAUCUCCUCUCACUACCCCCCCUCUCUUUUCCCUGGCCGCCGCUCUUCGCUGUCUCCAACUCUGUUUGUUUUCCCCCUUUCCUUCUUGUCUUCGUAUCCGUCGAACUCGUCUCCAGGACUUGCCUCUAAUUGUGCUGGACGCUCCACGGCCCCUGAUGUGACUCCGUCUUUUGGAUGUAAGACGCUGAUUCCUGUGUCGGACACAAGACGGCUCCUGUGCAUAUGGUCGGCUUUUUCGUGCAUGCCCCUUGUUCUGGAGGAGCUGACAAAUCUCCUGUGAACAAAUUGCCACCUGAAAUUCGUGUCCUGCCCGCGCGCGAUCGUCUUUUGUUUUUCUACGUCACCUGACUCUCUCCAAAGAAACGGGGUACCACUCUACGCAGCGUUCACAACGCCGUCUGCUGUGGGUCGUCGCACGAAGAUUCAGUGUCCAGGCACUGCCACCAUUCUCACGCUAUUCUGAAGGAAUUUUUCCAGUUCCCAUUUGCCCGAGGGGCUUCUGCAAGCUUGUAAUUUUUGGCGUACCCUGCCCAUAACUCCGUCUGAGAGCCGCCCUGCACAAUCUUUCGCAGAACCCCCCGGUUCCCCGAGAGCUGCGGCGCAGGCCUCAGCGCCUUUCAUGCACGGAGUAGAAAAUUGGGAAUUUUGCCUUCUGGUGGAGAGGGAGAAAAGCCGGGAUGAAUCAGCCGCCGUCAAGGAGGGUGAGGCGCCUCCAAGUUUUCGGUUUACGGGUUUAACAAGAAAAGACAGAAGGACUAUCGAGAAACAACUAGCUUGUCUCCCGAGUCUUCCUCUCAGUCUCCGGCGUCCGCCUGAUCUGACGCACUUCACAGUGCCUCGCUUGGCAUGCCUCCAGGAGGUCCGCCUCCAUCCGCCAUGGGACUGGGACCGCAUGCAGCCGCUUCCGAGAGCGGCGCCGCCUCCAGACCUAGCGGCUCUUCAGGUGCUCAUCCCGCCUCGAGGCUUUCCUCUGAAUACAACAGGACUACUCCCCUGCCGCCUUCAGCUUCUGGUAAAUUGCUGCCGGACCAGUCCUCUAACCCUUCGACUGUGGCGGCGUCGGAUUUUUCAAGCCAGGACGGAGCCACUCCAGGAAGCCCCGUUCCUCGGGAUGCUUCCCUCAGCGGAGAGGCAGGCCCCUUGCCGAGCUCCUCAGAGUCUGAAAGAGGCGACACUGCGAACCCUGUGUCGGGCGGCGUCUCCGAAUCGCGAUGCAGCGCGGAUUCUGCCGCUCCUGUAUCGGAUAAAUCUCGAACUGAUCGGGGGCUUUCCCCCGUCAGAGACACAGCGACCUCGGGAGCCGAUCCGGCAGCGGGACGGGAAGCAGCGGAGGCGGCCGGAGCCACAGGCAACGCAGGCGGUCACGCGGAUGCACGCAAAGGUCGCAAGGACCAAGCUUCGGAAGACGCUGGAGGCACCCGGGAGCCUUCUGCGGCCUCUGCACCGCCUCGAGGGCCUGCACCUCAACCGCCACCAGUCCCGAAAGUCGCGGCGGCUUUACGAAAGCUGGGCGUCUCUGAGUUGCCGCAGAUUUCGUUCGACUCCGCUGGCGGCGAUGGCGAAGGGCGUGGGAGAAGCGAGCGGCGACAGCGCCGAACCCAGGCGCAUACCAAAGGACUUUUCAAACGCAUGCAAGACGGACUUGGACGCGAAGUGGAAACACCAUCCCAGACGACCUCUGGCGGAGGGAAACGGGGUGGCCAAGGGGCCGGUGCUUCUCAGAAACAAGGCUCCCAUAAAACGCCUCCCGCUGAUUCAGGCCAGGCCACAUCCCGACAGUGGAGGGCGCGGCCCGGUACCUCUCCGGCUGAAGGAGCCGCGGGCAUGCCGGGGACUAGCACACACGGUGGGUCGGGGGCCGCCGGAGGUCUCCCUCGUGCAUCUGGUCUUUCGCCUACCGCUGUGUUUCCGGCGGAACUUGGCUCUCAAAACUCCUCUGCGCCUAUGGGGGCCUUCGCAGAACAAGUUGCAAACGCUUCGUCGCCGAGUCCACUACCCUUCGGGCGCAUCGAGGGGCCUGCAGGCCCAGGCAACCCCUCGGGGGUCCCUUGCGGGGUCGGUAGCUCGCUGAAGAAGGAAGCUGGCGGCCAGCGGCACCCGAAAAAGGGCGUUUCAGGUGCGGCUCAGAAAAGGAGAAACGCGACUGGAGGAACCGAGGGAAGUGACCGUGGUGGGGAGUGGAGACAGCCACUUCCUGGACAGAGCCUGGAUGCAGGACGAGGUGGUGAUGGAGCCCACAGACCGCCUCUCGACAGCGCACUCGCCAGCAUGGUCAGAGACGUUCGGAUCGAACAAUUUGGGCCUGACGGAGUCGAGAAAAAUGCAGAAAACGUGAUGGCGAUUUCGACGUGGCGGGUCACAUGGAUUGACGGGUCGUGGAAAGUCCACACGGCCGCGUUCGAACCUAAUCCUUCACGCGAUCCGUAUCCUUUAGCCGCGACUGAGGCUUGCGCCCACUUUGCCCUUCGUCUCCACCGUAUGUUUCGGGAAACCUAUACUCAGCAAGGCGCUGCAACGCCUCCGCGUUUCCCACCACUGGGGCACCUUCUGGGGGGCGGGGCGGUCACCGGCGCCCCUCCAGGAGGGCCGUGGGACGGCGUGAAACCCACAAAAGUGUGGAACAUGGAGGAGAUGCAGCGCCUCCACCAACACGUGGCGACUGUUGUAUUUGCCACUGUAGGCCCAGCCUCGGCGAGCGGUAGCCAAUUCGUGGGUCCUGGAGGGCCGGCGCCUCCGAGAGAUCCACGACACCCUGGGGCUUACUUUUAUUUGCAUAGAGCGUCCGCUUCGCCUGGUGCGGGGACGGGCCUAGACGGAUCCGUCGAUCCUCGAGCCGGGUCUAUGAGCCCGAGCUUGGCUUCGGUCUCCUCCACAGCGCCUUGCACUUCGAGCCCUGCAGUGCCGGUAGGAGAGGGAGACGGAAAGCUGGUGUUUUCACCCUUUCAACCCAGUUCGUUGCCUGGGGGUCCGUACAGUACGGGUGCCGCAAGGUUUCCGUUUCUUGGCGGAGGCCCGAAUCCUGGUGUCGAAUCUCAAGGCUUCGGGUUCAACACGUUCCCUGGAACGCCUACAAGAGGCCACGGGACUCUGGAACACCCUGCGCAUGCUUACACACCUCAAGGCAUGAGUGUGUCGUCGAGCCAAGCUGUCCCGGGGUUCGCCGGGGGCGUUUUCCCGGGAGGAAGUCCAGUCUUCGAGGGGGGUUUCCAGUCUCCAUUUUACGGAGCCUUUUCCAUUUCAGGUGUCGCGGGCGACCAACGAUCCCUGUAUGCCCCUGUGGCUCGCGCCGGAGUUCCUGAACAAAUGCAAGGGUCUCAGCUUUCAGGGAGGGCCAGGGCUGUGGAUUCUGGACCCUCAUUUUUCGUACCCGAAAGCAACACCCUCUUCCAUCCUGGCUGCUCGCCUACCUCGGCGGCGUCCCGCGGCACCAUUGCGUCUUCCUUGCCUUCGCGUGUGGGGGGCGCGCUAGACGAGGCCGCGGGGGGCUCUUGCCGCCUCCACUCGGCCGGAAGCAAGAGCGCAAAGGGCUUUGAGAGUCUCUUUCCGACCUGUUCUCGGGCCAAAAGGAGCGCUGUCUCUGUGUCAGCGACGCGUCGAGGCGGCGCUCCGGUUUGGGGCGUCAACUCUCACGUGGCCGCAGCUCUGGCGGCAGCGGCUGCGAGGCGGAUGGCCGAGGAGCAGAGCUUGCUGGAGGAGGCAAGACGCGAAGCAGAACGCGAGGCCCUUUUGUCUAAGCUGCUUGGGGAAGACGACACGUUUUUCGAGUCUGGUUUGUCGAUGCGGUCCCAUAGGUUGUUUCGUGCCACCCGGCGACCUGCCGAGAGAGGUUUAAUUUUCAAGGAGAAAGCAAGUCUCUGCGAGCAGAUUGAGCAGGAGGCGAGUGGAGGAAACGAAGACGAAGGUCGAGAAGUGAGGUCGGAUAACUCACCCCAUGCUACAAGAGGCAGAAAGGGCGACGGACAGGAAGAAAACAGACCUAGAUCACAGGCAGCUUCCACUUCGGAAGACAACGCAGGGAUAGCGCCGACCGUCCACAUCAAAAGGGAAGCCGGACAACAGGGCACUGCGAGGGGCAGGGGAGACCGAGGUGAGACUCCUCAAACGGACAGAGCUACCGAGGCCGACCUAGCUUCACGGAAAGAUGAUAUGUCUCCCAAUGAUGGAGAGGAAAGCAAGAAACCCAAGACUAACGGAAAACUUCCGAGCGGUCGUGAAGCUGAAGGGGAACGGACAGACAAGAGGAGACGCAGACCGUCACAUUUGUUGGAGAGUGGCCGCGCUUCCGGGGCUGGCGAACAACAGAGAGACGUGGUGGAUGCCGCUGGAGCAGAGGCGCUGAGCUUCGAUUCAGAAAAGCGAACUUCCACGGUUUCUGUGCUCCUGCCUUCUGGCAAAGACGAGGCGACUGAGACGAUUCCCACAGUGGAGGAACAUCCCGUACCCCACGCGAAAGACAUUUCGAGGUCAUUUGUUUUUGAGCCCAGCAACACCGGGCUGAUUGUUGUGGAGCUGUCUAAGAAGGAUGAAAAAGGCGAGGUUUCGGAAGACGAAGACGCUCUUGACGUCUCGCUUUCCGGGGCGGCGGGGGCCAGCGAAGACGGCAAGUCUCCUGCUAACCAAGAAAAUCUUUUACCAUGGGAGUUUCCCGACAAGACACGUCUUCUUCUUCAGUCGGUGGCGAAUCAAAGCGCAGAUUUCUCUGAGACUUGUUCUUUCGGCGCUGAUCAACGGACUCGAGACGCCGCCCUUAUAAGGGACCUAGAACCUUUUUUGCGCCUCGGAGAGCAAAAUCCUUACUUUGACGCGCGGGGAACGCAAAAGAAUAUCCUCUCCGGAUGCAUGAUGUCUUCGUCCUCUCUAUUCAAUGUAUGGAAAAUUGUCAAUCGCCUCCGACUGCAGGACGAAAGACGACCUGAGGAAAGGGAUCGCCUCGCUCGGGUGGCGCAAGAGCAGAGCCAGGGGGCACGAAGACGCUUAGGCGCCGUACUGAAUGAGUUGGCGGCUCUCGAACGAGAAGACCCCGACGAUGUCGAGGGCGCGGAAGGCGACGAAGGAGAGGGAGAACAGAGUGGCAAAGAGAUGAAAGACGCUCCUGAAACUGUGGACGCAAAGGCUUCGCAUUCGAGCGCGGACACUCUCGCGUCGCCGGUUGCCUUCCUGCCUGCGGCCGCUGAAGGCGAAGCUGAAAACGGACAUGAAGAACCCACAAACGCAGACCCUUCGGCGGCGAAGAGCGGGGGGAGUUUGUUGGCUCAAGGCGAACGAGAGAAGACUCGAGAAGACCUCCCAGACGCUUUCAAAGGAAACGACAAGUUGAGAAGUGACAUGCCUCAAAGUACCCCUAUCGACGGACUCCCUGCCCUGGGCGCUGCAUGCAGUCCGCUCGAACUAGAAACGAAGACUCCCGCGAUUCUCGCAAGUGGCGGCGAAGCGCACCGUUGCUGUCCUGCUGGGGAGGGGGGAGAGGACAGGAUGCCAGAAGAUGCGAAAGAUAGGACAAGAACAGGAGAAUUAGAAUCGACCUCAGAUAGAGCGAACCUCAGCACGGGCAGUGCUCAACUCAAGGGAGCGUCGGCGGCAGAGAAGAGGCUGGAAGGGGGCGCGGAGGCGAAGCAGACACUGCGUGAUUCCGACGAUGGCGCGGAAGGCAGUGAGAACGACACCAACCAGCUGCUUCCAACACAAGGAGGCCCUCAAGAGAGGACCCAGAACGCUCCUGGGUCGCCGCUUGAGGGGGAACAAUCCUUGUCUACUGUGCGUAGAUGCGGUGGCGGCGACAAAGAGCGAGAGAAAGAGAAGGACGCUCUAAUAGACACUGGGGAGCGCUCACCAGGUAUUGGUGAGAGAUCGAGCAAGACGACUGCUCCAGAACUCGAAAAGCAGGUGGGUGAUACCGUUAAGGGAGACCGUGGGAGAGAUGAGACAGCGCUGGCAGGGACAGCGGAGAGUCUUUCGCUGGGGGAAGAAGGAACGGAUCAGGGUGAAAAGGCCUUUGGAGACAUGGGGGAACAGCUGGUCUCUCCUCCCCAGGGCGCUGGACUAUCUCGCGAGGAAGGGAAUGCAAAGGUCUUUGGCGACCGCUCUGCCCUGCAGCUUACACCGGUUUCUUGUCCGCCGCUUACCCGGUCAGGGGAGGAUGGCGACAAGGAAAAGAACGCGCCGGCGCUGCUGUCUGCUUUCGUGAAGACUGAAGAGGGUUGCGUGACAGACAUCCAAGGGAAGGAAGAGGGGGCGAAGGAAUCUCCGACGCCGACUCCUCGCGGGUCGCCGUCCACCUCAGCUCGAAAUAUGGCACCUAGAGGUAGCGCUGGCGAGAGGCAGGACGCAAAGCGGCUCGGCAAGUCGUAUGCAACAAGGCGAGCACAAAAGCGCAAACGACUGGAGCUUCUGUCCUCAUCCUGUGAGGAAAUUGAGCAGAGGCUGCGGCGUCUCUCCGAUACGUUUCCCUGGUUGCCGGUCCUCAACGAAGCCUUUUUCUCAGCUGAGUCCAAGGGUGAGGUCCUCACGUGUGUUGACACUUUGCUCGAGAGAUCGGACGAAGAUGCAGCCCUGAAAGGAGGACAUGGGGAUCCUUCCUUCGCUUCCCGCCCCUGCGGAGGCGCUGGUCUCCUUGAGGCCGUGGGGGGUGGUCUGAAAGGCCCCUUCAGGGACGCUGUUUUCGCCAGUGAAGGUGAGGAGCUUGAGAAAAUGGACGAAAGUGAAGACGAGGAAGCGGCCCUGGUCCCCGAAGAUCUCUGGCUAGCACGCGCCUCAGCGCUGGCAGAGGCCAAGGCGGAGAAGCGCGCGUUGGCAGAUGCCCGAUCAGCGGCAGCCAAUGCCUGUGCAGCGGCCGCUAUGGCUUUUUCGUCUUACUCCCCUCGUCCCUACAGUAUGGAGCCUUUCCCGCAGGCCUCUCGGCGGCCUUUCGUAGUCCCCCCUCCAGCAAUGAUGCCGGCAGGUGCGGAGGAGGCAGGCGCGGCUGUAAGGGUGAACAGCGUUCAGAUGCAUGCGUCGCCAGUGCCGUUUUCUCCCUUCGUGGAGGGCAGGGUGAGUGGCAUGCCAGACGAGGCAGAGGGCGGCUUUGCAGGGACCAGGCGGUUCUCUGCCAGUACGCAGAGCUCCAGAGCGAGAAGGGGGGCUGUUCUGGACGCCCCCCACAUGGAUCCGGCGAUGGCUGAGCAUCUGCAAAACCGCUCGAGCUCGGCCAGCUCGCGAGAAAGCUUAUCGACAGGAGGAGUAGCAACCCAAGGAGAUGUUUGGGCAGAAGGGUACCUUGACGGCGCGCUUUCUGCUGAUACGGGAAGCUCCGCGGCAAACGCAGGGUGGGGAAGUCAUCUCCAAGGUUCCGCAUUUCGCUCGGGAAAGCGCGCCGGGGGAAGUGGAGCCGACAAAGGCAAUUUCUGGAGUGGCAGAGGCCCCGCAGAGACCUACCCAGGCGAGUUAGGGUCCGGGGCGGCUUGGGGAUCUGGCGCCGAGAUGGCCGGGUUGGAUUCGAGUGCAAGAGGCGUCAGAGGGUCAGACAGCCACGGGAGCGGAAGGCGACAGAAAGCCAGUGGGGCGACAGGCCACGCACCGAGUGGCGACCGCACGCGUCGCAGGUCCUCUGUUGCAUCUUCAGUCACUUCGUCUGUUUCGGCAUCCCGAGGAGGUUCGGGGCUGCCAGCAUCUGGGCUCCGUAGCGACUGCACGGGGUCUGUGCAUAUGACAGAGGGCAGUGACACUGGCAGUCAAGGCCCUUCUCGAUCGGCCUCGAUUAUUAUGGGUCCCCCUUCUCCUAUUCGGCCAAGCCAGUACACUCCCGCGAGUGCGUACCCUAACUCACCCGCUGUUUCUCACGCCAGCUGUCACACAUCAUUCCAGCCCCAGCAUGCGCCUCGCGAGGGAGGCGCUGAGAGAGGGGCGUCGUGGCAGAGUCUGCAGCAUGCAGCAGCCGGAGGAACGGGGAAUUUGGAGGAGGGCGACGCUCUAGCUGAAAGGUCCGCACCUAUGGGCGACCCUUCUUCAGCAGGCGGUGGAGGUCGCUUUCGACCCACGGUCGGGGCAAUGUCGGCUCAGAUGAGAGGCUAUCCUGCUCAUCCCUUUGCUGCCCAUGGCCCAGGUCUGGGAUCAACUCUGCCGGGGCUUCCCUCGAACUACGGAAAGGCUGAUGGGUAUCCCGCAGGUGUGACUUUUCCGGGGACGCCAGCCUCGGGAACGGCUACUCCGUUUCAGGGGGGGUACCCUAUCUCGGACGCUUCUUUUGGAGGCAAUGCUUCGGGCGCAUGCAGUAUGGGAUAUUCGAGCAUGCCCGCGCCUGGUUAUGGCCCUGAGAUGUCGCAAGUACCCGGGCGAUUUGCUAACUUCUCGCCAUUCUUUCGUGGAGAAAAAGGCCUCUCUGCAGGGGAUCGGACCCCUCAGCUUGCCGCAGGAACACCAAGUUCGCCAUCCACUUCAGGCAUGCAGACGGGGCAAAGUGCUCCCCCACUGUCACCAUGGUUCGACCAUAACAACGCUGUUCAACACGAGGUGGGUGAUUUCGGCGCACGUGAACAUAUGAGUUCACCACAGGUCUCUGCAAGCUGUCUGGGUGCGUCUCAGCUCGCGGGCAGUCGACAAGCGUAUGCCACUAUUGGGGGAGAAAAUAUCAAUGUACCAGAUUCCGAAACGGAGCCUCUGCACGGAAGAGGUGCGGCGACUGACACUUCGACCGGAGCUAAGGGUGGAAGCGGCGCGAGAGCCGGGGCCGCCUCAGGGGGAGGAGAGGGGAAAGCGUCAAGAAAGCGGAAACCGAAAAGUAAGAAAGAAGGGGAAGGUCACUCUGCUGUCGGCGACGAAGUGGCUCCUCAGCACGUUUUGCAGGAAACAAAUGCAUGUUCAUCUGCCACUGGCGCUGCCCCUCUACCUGUCUGCCCCAAGCAGAUGGUGCCUCUACGCGGUGGUGAAGGUGAGGGUCACGAACAGAGCCCGCUGCCUGAGGUUCCUGAGAGCGGCGGACAGACAACGUGUUCUCCGUACAGCGUCUCACCUUCAUCGGUCUCUGGAGGGACAGGUAGCGGAACCGAAUUCGCCGCGGGGUAUGCUGCCACAGUAGUGCUACAUGGCACACCUCCGACACAGCGAAAAACACUGGCUGACAAGAAACGACGUUCCAAAAGUGUGAGCGAUAACAGGGGUACAUGUGGCUCAAGUUUGAUUAGUGAAAGUGAUGGGGCAGGCAAAUUCAUGUCUGCUACGUCUGCUGCCGCAGCGGCGACAACGCCCUCUCGAAAGAAGGUGCCCCCAGCAGCAGCUUCCGGCGGUAGGAAAUGACUGGUGACUGGCAUGCAAUCGGGGAAUGAACACAAAGGCGGGUUAGGGGAGGAACAGUCUCGAACGGGAAACGGAGGCGAGAACGUGUUCGCAGUCUUUCUAGAGAACAUGGACUUACAGCCAGACCGCGUCGAAUGAAUAGGGAAGCCACCUGCACGGGAACCAGCUGUCGUCGUGGUUCCUGCUGAAUCGAGGAGAGAUCCUGGUGACAGGUUGGCACGCUUGCACUACAGGCGUCAAGGGACAGACAAGGGGAAGAGAGCAACAGUGGUUAGUGCAACACCAGCAAACGAUGGUGGGCGAAUUAUCAACGAUUAUGUGAUUUGUAUCAUGCCCAGUUGUGGUCGUUCGCUUCGUGGCAGUGUGUGGCCGAGUUGCCGCAGUACGGUGCCCGUUCCUCUGCCAUCCGACUGCCUCAUCGGGUACAGCGGCUGUGAGGGGCGUCCGGGAUGGCCGUGGGUUUUAUUGUUCGUGGGACUCCGUGGUAUUCGCACUCCUAGCGCCUUCCCCGAUUUCUACUGUGUGCUGAACUCAUGCGAUCCGCGACAGAUAUAAUUUUGAGAGAAGGGAGGUGCUGGCGUUGCAACACGUGUCUCUCUAUUGCGAACCGUGCCCGUUCCCCUCUUGGGGGGUUUCCGUACAAGCGCAAGAAAUCCAAUUAUGACAAUAAUUCGUCCUCGAUGUGGGAUACCUAGUGCCUACUUUAUUUUAUUUUUGGGCGCGCUGGCAAGCUGUAUUUGUGAACAAAGUCUCUUUCAGACCAUUAGUGACGUGUCAUCAGACAAACGAACCGAAUAUGCGGCCCCACUCAAACCACAACUCUUUCUC